AAGGGGAGGGAAAGGGGGAAGAUGGCAGCCUCCCUGUGGCUGAUCCAUCGCUGCAGAGGAACGAUCAAUCGCUUGCUGGGCAAGAAUUUAAUGCGAGGGACCCUUGGUUCCUUGUCCCAGGCGGUGGGCUGCAAAUUUCUACACAUGACCCCGGAAGCCUUGGGUAUCCCUGCUAUUAAAAUCAUUAUGCCUGCUUUAUCACCUACAAUGGAAGAAGGAAAUAUAGUGAAAUGGCUGAAAAAAGAAGGAGAAAUGGUGAAUGUUGGAGAUGCCCUGUGUGAAAUUGAAACAGAUAAAGCAGUGGUUACAAUGGAGUCAAGUGAUGAUGGCAUAUUGGCUAAAAUAAUGAAGGAAGAGGGGAGUAAAAAUGUGCGUUUGGGUGCAUUGAUUGGUUUGCUAGUAGAAGAAGGACAAGACUGGAAGCAAGUUGAUAUACCAAGUGUCAUCAGUGAUGCACCUUCUGAGUCUGUGACAUCAGCAGCAUCAACGGCCUCUUCCCCAAGUCUUUCUGCUACUCUCCCAUUAGAGCAUAAAACAGAAGAUCAUCCUGGAAAACUACAGUUUCGCUUAAGUCCUGCUGCCCGUAAUAUUUUGGAGACACAUGGACUUGAUGCAGGUCAUUGCACACCCUCAGGACCUCGAGGAAUUUUCACAAAAGAGGAUGCCCUCAAGCUUUUAGAGCAGAAGCAGAAGCAAAAGCCUGUAGAAGCAAAACCCAUGGUUUCUUCACUUCCCCUACACCAAGCUGGAAUACCUUUAUCUGCACCAUCAACAAGCGUGCCUGUUAGUGCUUCACACCUUCCAGUUCCUCCUGUCUCUGUGCCAGGCCGGCCACCUUCCAUGAGCCCAUUCACUGAAGUCCCUGCUAGCAACAUUAGAAGAGUUAUUGCUAAGAAACUAACAGAAUCAAAAACCACUAUACCUCAUGCAUAUGCAUCAGCUGAUUGUGACCUUGGUGCUAUACUAAAUCUAAAGCAAGAGCUGGAGAAAGAUGAUAUUAAAGUAUCCAUAAAUGACUUUAUUAUCAAGGCAACUGCAGUUACCCUGAAACAAAUGCCAGAUGUGAACAUGACCUGGAACGGAGAAGGCCCCCAGCAGCUGCAAUCUAUAGACAUUUCUAUAGUUAUGGCAACAGACCAAGGUUUCAUUACACCUAUCAUAAAGGAUGCUGCAACCAAGGGAAUUCAGGAAAUUGCUGCUUCUGCAGAGGCUCUGGCAAGAAAAGCAAGAGAUGGAAAGUUGCUUCCAGAAGAAUACCAAGGAGGAUCUCUGAGUAUCUCAGAUCUUGGAAUGUUCGGUGUCAACAGUUUCAUUGGUCUUGUAAUGCCUCCUCAAGCCUGCAUCUUAGCUGUGGGACGAGCUCGGGCAGAACUCACUGUUGUGGAGGAUGAAGAUGGGAAUGAGAAGCUUCAACAACAUCAGCUCAUAACGAUAACUCUGUCAAGUGAUGGUCGAGUGAUAGAUGAUGAACUAGCUUCUAAAUUUUUAGGUACACUUAAGGCAAACUUGGAGAAUCCAGUGCGUCUUGCAUUGUGUUAAAAGGUCAAAAUUUGAUCCUCCUUUUGGCAAAAUAUGUAAGUUGAACUCCAAAAGAAGAUAAAAGAAAAACUAGACACAGAAGUUAGGAAGAUAUGUAUAAUGUGACAUGGACAACUUAAACUGCUUAUUUAUUUAAAUAAACUUUAAAAGAUGUCUAAUGACCUA